AUGCAAAAAUGGGGCAUCAAACUGAAGGCGAAGCGGCAACAUCCGUUUUGUGUGAUCAGAUAUGAUGGAGGAAUUCUACCUCAGUAUCUUCUUUCAAGGGGGAGAAGCACCCCCGAAGUGAACCGCAAGAUGAGUUCACCAUUUCGCUGCGACGAAUGUGUCAUACUGCAUGUGUAUGAUGACUGCUUCGACGGGUUAAGAAAUGGAGAAAAAAAGUACUUAAAAAAUGCAGUGGGGAACCCCUUUAUGAGAACCAAUUUUAGCCUCCUUUCGAGCAAGCAGCGAUGCAGCCAUUGUUACUCAACAAACAACAAAGUCUACGUGAAAGGAGAAAUAUACGAUGUGCUUCCCACCCUAUGCAAAAGUAAAGAAAUCGAAGCCAUUGCAGCGAACUUAAUUUUUUUCAUUUUAAAAUUUGUGAAUCUUAAAAAUGCAGAAUCAGCAGAGGAGUAUAAGGACAAGAUAAAAAAUGUGUAUGCCAACUUGAUCAGGUGUUACCAUAAAAUAUUUACAGAUAAAGGAAGACAUGGUGAGUGUAUUUUUUGCAUUUUUAACGACGAAGUUGUAAAAUAUGUUAGCCCUUCUUUGAGGAAAAAUAAAAAAAAUAUCAUCCAGGAACUUGUGCUAAACAGUUUAUGUUUUUUUUUUAAAAAUAAUGCAAGACUUAAGGACAAAUUAGACCCCAAUUUGAUGUGCGAAAUUAUCAAGUAUAAAAAAUUCUUAUACAUACUAGAUUGCCUAUCUUUUGAUCGCCACCUGUUGAGGGAAGCCAUGACUGCCCGACAUGUGGACUAUCUAUUUAGUAGCUUUUUAAACGACCGAGUGCACCUUUGCCAGGCCAUUUCGUUAGCUUCCUUUUUUCUGUCUGAUGAUGAUGGGCAUAUCGGUUUUAGUUCCCCCUUUAAGGAAGAGAGCGCUUAUAACUGCCGGAUUUUGCUAAAGUACAUACUACAGGCGCAGUCCAAGAAUUGCCUCUUUUUAUUUUUGGAUGGUCUCAAAUGCGACGAUUUGAAGAUGGACGUUUAUCGGUGGCUGACAUCCGUGGACGAAGCAUCAGGGUUCUUUUCCGACUACUGGGGAUACCUCGCGGCGCGGGAGUACCUACUGCGAAGAAAGGAAAGAGAGAAAGGCGAAGUUAAAGGGAGCCCCCCCAGCGAGGGAACCCUUAUUGAAGGAGGUCAAGACCGAAAUUACGUUACAUGGGAGAAGAAGUCACUCCAUGCACACAGGGACUACUAUGAGCUGCCCGAAGAAAUGAAAAACAUAUCAAUGAUAACUAAUGUAGAAAGUCUGAAUAGGAUGAUAGGAACGAUAAAGUACAGUCAGGAAAAAUACUGGAAGGAUAGCAUAUACAACGAUAACAGUAUGUACACGUCCGAGUCCUGUGGAGACAUAAUAACUGCAGAAGAUAUUAAUAACCAUUUGAGGGGGAAAAAAAAAAAGUAUUACAUCGGCAUCGAUGUAGAAUGGAACAGAAACGAAAAAGCUAGCAUAAUUUCAGUGGCAACAGUAGACCAUAUUUACCUAAUCGACCUACUAACUGUGGAUUAUAAUUACAAAAUUUUAAUUCAAUCAUUUUUUAAGUGGCUCCUUGAAAAUCCGUUUGUCUGUAAGCUCUUUUAUAACUUCGCCUGUGACAUGCGUAUAUUAAAUUCAUUCUUUCAAGGGGUGUCAAUUUUGUGUACCUACGUAAAUGUGACAGAUCUGAAGGACCCCGUAUUUUUGCACCAGCAGAAUGGGGUCACUCCAGACAGUCCAGACAGUCCAGACAGGGUGAUUUCUGCUGAACUGUUCAAUCGAAAUAUAAUUGAGACGAAUGAUAUUGAGUUAUUUAAAAAGGUGACAACGAGUAGCUUUCGCGACUUCAACGGUAGGGUGAAACAUGGGGACUGUAACCAUUUCGAGGGAACGAUCAGUGUGUGUUCGGGUCGCACCACUGAUAGGGUUCAUUUUAAAAGUCUGAGUCAUUUAUGCCAGAAAUUUCUGGGCAAAAAUUUAAAUAAAAAAUUGCAGUUAUCCAACUGGAGCAGGAGACCACUAAUGGAGAGUCAAAUACAUUACGCAGCCACCGAUGCGUAUGUCCUCAUCGUGCUGGAACGACUCCUCAUUGAGAAUAAUUAUUCCUCCACGUGUUCCUCAAAUAGUAGUAGCCUUAGCGAUGUGUUUGUUCAGAAAUACAAGUGUAGAAAUUGUUCCUGGGAGUAG